AUGUCGGACACCGAUGAGCACCACUUCGAGUCCAAGGCCGACUCCGGCGCCUCCAAGACCUACCCGCAGCAGGCCGGCGCCAUCCGCAAGGGUGGACACAUCGUCAUCAAGGCCCGUCCCUGCAAGGUUGUUGAGGUCUCCACCUCCAAGACUGGGAAGCAUGGUCACGCAAAGUGUCACUUUGUUGCCAUUGACAUCUUUAAUGGAAAGAAGCUUGAGGAUAUCGUUCCUUCAUCCCACAACUGUGACGUCCCCCAUGUUGACCGCCAAGAUUAUCAGCUGAUUGACAUAACUGAUGAUGGAUAUGUCAGCCUUCUAACUGAGAGUGGCAACACGAAGGAUGACCUGAAGCUUCCCACUGAUGAUGUUCUGCUUGGCCAGAUCAAGACUGGAUUUGCUGAUGGCAAGGACCUGAUCCUGUCUGUGAUGUCCGCCAUGGGUGAAGAACAGAUCUGCGCUGUGAAGGAAAUCGGUGGUGGCAAGUAA